AUGACAAUGGGCUCAUUCGCUAUAUAUCCCUAUAGAUCAAAAGCUCCCAUCUUGAACUGGGCUUCAAAAGAUGGAGAAUUCAGGCGUCAAGUCUCGUCCUUUCGUGAUCACAUUGCCUCGGAUCCUGCUGCCAAGUUCACUCCUGAUGCAAACAGAUACCACCUCUACAUCUCACGUGCCUGUCCAUGGGCAGCACGUGUGCAUAUGGUGCGAGCUUUAAAGGGAUUAGAAUCGGUCAUUGGUCUCACCGUGGUCGACUGGAAUAUGGGCAAAGAUGGCUGGAAAUUUUCACCUGAGGUCGCUGGUUGUGACGCAGACACAGUCAACAAUGCUACAUUCUUGAAGGAAAUCUACUUCAAGGCCGAGCCCACUUACUCUGGUCGCUUCACUGUUCCUGUCUUGUGGGACAAGAAACUCAAUACCAUUGUGAACAAUGAAAGCUCAGAAAUCAUUAGAAUGCUCAACAGCAACUUUGACGCUUACUCUUCAAAGCCUGGAGUCACGUAUUAUCCUGCCGAAUUGGCCAAGCAAAUCGAUGAAAUCAACGAAUGGAUUUACUCGGAUAUCAACAAUGGCGUUUACAAGAGUGGGUUUGCUACGUCUCAGCAGGCAUAUGCUAGUGCGGCUUCGAAGCUCUUUGAGUCGUUGGAUCGUGUUGAAAAGAUUCUUGCCAAAAGCCAGUGGUUGGUCGGCAACCAAUUCACAGAAGCUGAUAUACGAUUAUUCACUACAAUCGUUCGCUUUGAUCCUGUCUACCACACUCACUUCAAGGCCAAUUUGCGUAGUAUCACUCAUGAUUAUCCAAACAUUCUUCGAUGGGCUCGUCAAAUCUAUCAGACAUUCCCAGAAAUCCCACAAACAGUCAACAUGGAGCACAUCAAGGGUCACUACUAUGUUAGUCAUAUCCAAAUCAAUCCAUUCCAAAUAGUUCCUUUGAACAAUGGUCCUGAUCUGACAGUCCCAUACAACGAAACCGUUGGUGCGUCCAAAUUGUAG